GUAUUGUAUGCAGUCUAAUUAUCGUUUUAUUUCCUCUUUUGUAAAUGUUGGCUGCGAGAAAUAAGAAAACAAAUCUGUUCCUUGGAUUUAUUUAGCUUAUAUUAAGUAGAAAAAUGGAUAUGAUACAAGAUUUGUCCCGCAGCCAUGAGUCGUUAUUAUGCUGCCGCGCCUGUCUUGUCACCGACACGAGACUCUACAACAUCCAUGAAUAUAGACUCGCCGAAGCCUUUUAUCGCAUCUCAGGGGCUUUUGUGUACAAGGACGGGCCGCAGCACCUGUGCACCUUCUGCAGCGCGGCGUUGCUCCGCUGCGAGACCUUUCGCAGCAAGUGCGUCCGCGCCCAGCUGUGUCUCAACUCCAAGCAGCAUCAGGGAGAGCUGGACACAGACUACAUCCGCACGAUAGAUCGCGCAUCACACAAACUCCUCCCAAACUUGACUGUCAACCCGGUACAAACUAUCGAGUGCAUUGACGUCAAACCCCCUGAGGACAUCAAAAACGAACCCGAUAUCGACAUCACAGAUGACAGCAAGAAAACCGACUUCAAGAUAGAAGUCGAGGUCAAUGAGGACAAAUUGGAACAAGUGUUUGUUGUUACCGACAUAGAUGACAAUGAUACAAAUAAAAGAAAAAGGAAGGGUUCAAAGAAAAAGAUUAAAACUGAAAUAGAUGUAGAUUUUGAUGAUGGUGCGGACGAUGGUGUAGACAGUGUGGACAUUGAUGAUGAUAAUGAUGAUAUAAGCUUAGAAAAUAUAGCUAAAAGUCUGAAGAAAGGAAAAGUGAAAGCUAAAGCUAAAAAGGUAGUUAAGAAGAAAAAAGAUAAACCGGUGAAAGUUAAGCAAGUGAAAGAGAAGCCGGUGAAAGAGUUGAAGAUAAAGAGGAGGAAUCCAGCUAACGGUUAUUUGCCAGAAUUUGCGAUGGCCGCGUUUGAAAACAUGUAUUCGGUUCAUGUCGUCACUUUAAGCAAGGAAGAUCAACUGGAAGAGAUCGCAAUGCGAAAGGAGUCUGCCAACUACCAGGAGUCCGCGUUCCAGUGUGAAGACUGCGGGAAGGGCUUUGUGGCCGAGGAGGCCUACAACAACCACCGCACCAGGCACAGCCCGAGCGCAGGAAAUUUCCCCUGCGAAAUAUGUAAAGUGCGCUUUACGAAGCAAAGCAUACGGCACACGCACCAGGACAUGCACCGCCUCAAGUUUUUCUGCAAGGAGUGCAGCUUCGUCUCCAGAACCAGGCAUCAAGCGAAGCAGCACCACGAGAUGCAUGUGGGCAAGACUUUUGAGUGCCAACACUGCGGGAAGAGCUUCAGUAAAAGUUCGACGUACUUAUCACACGUGCGUCUGGCGCAUCCGGCGCUGAAUGUGGCAUGCGACGAGUGCGGGGAGACGUUCGUCGGACAGAUGGGACUCAAGAUGCACAAGAAACGGAUGCACGCCAAGAGUGUCAAACCGGAACAGUACAAGUGUGAGACCUGCUCAGCCACCUUCCUAAGUGUCUCGGCGCUGAACACACACACAGACACGGCCGGCGAGCACACAGACCUGCGGCCGUGCGAGCAGUGCGGCGAGAACUGUGCGAGCGAGGACGCGCUACACAAGCAUGUGGGCGAGAUGCAUCCCGCUGAGACACAUCGGUGUGAAGAGUGCAACGCCACGUUCGCGAGUGCAGCAGCGUACGACCUCCACCACCGACGCAAGCAUCUCAACCAGCGCUACAGCGACGCCGGCCGACAACGUAACACGACGCGCAAGAAAUACCCGCAAACACACAAGCAGGGCCAGUUCGUGUGCGAGACUUGCGGGAAACUCAUGCAGAACGCCACCGCGCUGAGAACGCACCAGCGCUCCCACCUGGAUAUAAAACCCUUCGCCUGCAACGAAUGCUCGAAGAGCUUCACUCUGAAGACAUCCUUGCAAUGGCACAUGCGGUCGCACACGGGGGAGAAGCCGUACCAGUGCCCCGAGUGCCCGCUCGCCUUCAGCCUGAAGGGAAACCUCGACCGCCACCACAAAACUGCACACCUGGGCAUGCGUCAAAGUGUCCCCUGCCCGAUCUGCGGCCGCAUCUUCACCACCAACUCGUGCGUCAGGGUUCACAUCAAGACCGUGCACCACGGCCAGCCGGGGCCCAAGCGGGACCGGCGCAAGCGCAACAAGUUCGGCAAGGAGUCGAUGUUAGAUAAUAAACAAUAA